GCGCAUCUCAAAAAAUCAAGUGCCGUAGGGUUAUAAUGCUACUGGUACACGUGUAGGCAUGCGUGCCGUUGAUCCCAGUCAGGCAAAAAGCAUAUGGAUUCAAGUGCACACUCAAGUCAAGGCUGAGGCGGUGCAAAGGCCAUGAGUCCGCGUUCGAAUUACUUGGAUUCAUCAACCCACAAUUGGCCCCUACACUGAUUCACAAACGUCCUCAAUCAAUGGCAAUCAUCGAUGUCUUCAAUGCUGAAAUCGCCCAACAAGUGAUAGACAGCUUGGGCGGGAAGCACCUCGUAAACUCUCUAAUCACUACUGUCGAGCGCCUCGCGCAGACGACAGACACCCUCUCCUCAGACAUGACCACAACCCUCGCGUCUUUUACGCUCUUCGUAGAAGACCUGACCAUCGUUGUCGAGCGCCUCACGCAGAAAACCGACACACUCUCCUCGGAUGUUGGCGCAACUUUGGCACUGCUCGUGGAAAACCUGACUGCGACAACGAAUGCGCUAGCGUUAGACAUGCAUUACCUACUGCAAGGUUGCAUCGCUCUUGUUGCGUUGUUGUGCUUGUUGACAGUCCUCUGCAUUGUGCGCUGGUGCUAUGCAUUUAGUAGAGAGCUUCGGGGUGUGCAACAUCUCAAGACUGCGUAAAUUUUUUUUUGCAGUCCUUGGGGUCGGUGACCCUAUGUUAGAUAUGUUUUGUCAUAUGAAUCUUUCCUUCGUAUGUAGGUGGUGUACAUGGUGCGCUGGCAUAUUAUGAUUCGGACACGUAUUCCCAUACUUCACCCAACCCGUGCAACACAGCGAGCAUGGACC